AUGGUUUGCUGUGGCGACAUUCAGAUCAACAAAUCAACACAUUUCUGUUGUACAAACAAGCCAGUUCUAAAAUCUAGUGGUAUGGACUGCUGUUUUGAUGAACCGUUCAACCCGACAACUCACCGCUGCGAAGAUGACAGAGUGAUACAGGUGACAGAGGGUUUAUGUGGUGAUACUUCUUACGAUGUGAAUUCAAGCAUGAAAUGCUGCGAUGAGAAACUUCACAACACUUCAGAGAUCGAAGACCCUAUUGAGUGUUGCGGAAAAGAGCUGUAUUCCAUAUUCUCACAAAAAUGCUGCAAAGGAACUAACUUUCGAGCCCCCAGAGACGAACAAUGUUGUGGACAAGUGGAGUUCCGAGAUGAAAAGCGAGAAUGCUGCCGGUGA